AUGCAGAUGCCAUCCCGCGGGCUGCCCCCCUCGUCUUCAACUACGCCCGAUUUCUCAGCUCACUCUCACUCUCCCACUCCCACUCCCACUCCCACUUCUACUCACAGUCACACCAGUCAUGUCUCUGGCUGCUCCACGAUUAUAGAAAGCAGAGAUAUCCCACUCUCUACUCUCACUCCGCAUCCGCCCUCGAGAUCUCACGGGGAUGCCGACGAAGAGGACGAGGAGCUCGACCCCGAAUCAACAGGCGCCCUCCUCCGACAGCACAUUCGAGACAGUGCCGAGGAUGAGAUUGCAAACAACGAUACCGAAUCCAUAGGACCCUUCCGCAGACUCGCAGGACUGAUGUCCAAAGCACCUCUCCUACUACGGUCUGCGCCAGGCUUCGGCACAGGCUCGUACGGAGCAGUGCCGAUUGGGGCGUCGACAGAGAAUAGCGACGAGGACGACGUGGAUAUAAGCAGGAAGGAGGGCAGAAGGAAGGAGUCCAGGCUGAGGAAUACUAUAAGUUCGGGGACUCUGGGGUCUAGGUCGGGAGAUUCUACACGGAGGAGACCUUCAAAUGCUAGGCAGAGAAGCUCGACUGAUGACGAGGAUGUGCCGCUGGAGAGCAGGCUGGCGAAGAAAGGAAUCCCAAUUCCGAAUACAGAACAGGACUCUACGGAUUCGUCAGACGAAGAAGCUAUAGACGAUGCCUCUACGACGAAUGAAGAGGAUCCUCCGGAUAACUCUCCAUACCCCCAAGUUCGAGCGUCUGUGUCUGCGGUAGACAAUACUGCCCUCUCCAUCAAUACCCCGCGCAUGUGGCUAUUGUCCCUAUUAUUUGCCAUUCUCGGAUCUUCAACCAAUCUUUUCUUUUCAUUACGAUACCCCAGCGUCUCGAUUACACCAGUCAUUGCAUUGUUACUUGUACAUCCCCUCGGUCUAUUAUGGGACCGACUUUUCAAACGACGAGAUGACCCCGCCGAGGAGUUUUUAGACGGCUUCAGGGUUGCCGACACGGACACGAAUUAUGAACACAAAGGGGCUUUGAAGAGAGCCAGGAUAUGGCUCGGCCAGGGUAGGUGGAAUGAGAAGGAGCAUAGCUGUGUUUACAUCAGCAGCAAUGUUUCUUUUGGGUUUGCAUUUGCUACUGAUGUCAUUGUCGAACAGACGCAUUUUUACAAUCAGGAAGUCAGUAUCACAUAUCAGCUCCUUCUGAUCUUGUCGACCCAGAUUCUUGGAUAUACAUUUGCUGGAUUGACGAGGAGGUUCUUGGUACGACCAGGGGGGAUGAUAUGGCCUGGAACUUUGAUGUCUGCGGCUAUGUUCACAACACUCCACAAGGAGGAGAAUACAGUUGCCAAUGGAUGGAAGAUCAGUCGGUGGAAGUUCUUCUUUAUCGUCUGGGCUUCAUCCUUUGCAUUCUACUUUCUUCCAGGACUCCUCAUGCCAGCACUGAGUUAUUUCAGCGUUGUCACCUGGUUCUUCCCGAAAAAUGUGGUGGUUGCGAAUUUGUUCGGUGUGGCUUCUGGCCUUGGACUAUUCCCCGUCACGUUUGAUUGGGCGCAGAUUGCCUAUAUCGGAUCUCCACUCCUCACUCCUUUCUGGGCUGCUAUGAAUGUAGUUGGUGGUCUUGUGAUUGUCAUGUGGGUUCUGGCUCCUAUUGCAUAUUACAAGAAUCUGUUCUUCUCUUCGUACAUGCCGAUUCUUUCUUCGGCUGUCUUUGACAAUACGGGGAAGAUUUACGAUGUCAGCAAGAUCUUGACGCCGGAUUUUCUGUUCGAUAGCGAGGCAUAUCAUAAAUAUAGCAGGGUGUAUCUGCCCAUCACAUAUGUUCUGAGCUAUGGGCUGCAGUUCGCUGCUCUGGCGUCUCUCCUCACGCAUACUGCUUGUUGGCAUGGGAAGGAUAUCUGGAGGCAGUGGUCAAGAUCUUUGAAAGAAGUAGGCGGAGAGACAAAGACAGCAUACACGCCAUUGAAUGCGGUAGAUGGUGGACGAUUGAGACGAUCCGAUUCAAACAUGGAAAACAUCAUCAGCCAGGAGGACGUCCACAACCGAUUGAUGAAAAGAUACAACGAUGCACCAAUGAGCUGGUACUUGGUCACAUUCGUGAGCAUGACCGCCGUGGGCAUGUUUGUAGUUGAAUAUUACCCCGUGCAUCUUCCAUGGUAUGGACUACUCCUUGCUCUGGGCAUAUGUUCCAUUCUCUUCAUCCCGAUCGGCAUCGUUAUGGCCAUCACCAAUCAACAAAGCAGUAUCUACCUCAUCUGCCAACUUGUCUGUGGAGCCGUCUUCCCCGGCAGACCGGUAGCAAACAUGGUCUUCGUCACAUACGGCUACAUCUCAUCCGCACAAGGCAUCAAGUUCUCAGCCGAUCUCAAACUCGGCCACUACAUGAAGAUCCCACCCCGCAUCCUCUUCUCCGUCCAAAUGGCCGCCACAGUCAUCUCAUCCAUCACCCAGAUCAUAGUCCUCAACUGGAUGUUCGCCAACGUUCCCCGCAUCUGCACCCCCAACGCCGUGAACGGCUUCGUCUGCCCUAUCGCGCGCGUCCACUUCAACGGCAGCAUCCUCUGGGGCGUCGUCGGGCCCAAGGAGUUCUUCGGCCGGAACGCAACCUACCAUGCUCUCGUCUGGUGCUUCCCAAUCGGUGCCGUCGCCCCGAUCAUCCUCUGGCUCUACGCAAGAAACAAGAAGGGGAACAUCGUCCGCAAGAUAAACCUCCCUGUCCUGUUUGGCUCACUCAGCUGGAUCCCGCCUGCUACGGGUCUCAACUUCUCGGUUUGGGCCCUCGUCUGCUACCUCUUCAAUUACGUGAUUCGUAGGCGUGCGGGAGCUUGGUGGGCGAAAUAUACUAUGACGCUUAGUGCGGCUUUGGAUUCGGGCCUUGCGUUCGGACUAGUAACUGUGUUUUUUGGGUUCGUGUACCCGGGCUUGAUGGAGGGGUUUAAAUGGUGGGGGACGGAGAUCUAUAAGAGGGGGUGUGAUUGGAAUGCGUGUCCGUGGAAGGUUGUGCCUGAGGGUCAGCAUUUUGGCCCGGACACGUGGUGA